GAUGAUAUGGAUUUGGACAAACGCUGCCUUUAUGAACCAGCUUUUCCAAAAUCAGAAAUGUCUCAAAGUGCAAAUGUGUACACUCAACAUUCUACAAGGCCGGAAUCUACCCACUACUGAAGCAACUUAAUCUUUAAAAACUACAGAUAAAUUCCUAUUUUAGUCUGAAUGAAAUAAAACAUUUCUUCUAACCUUGGAUUUAUUUUUAUAUGUACAUAUAACAGCAGCUUUUUGAAAAAUUAUGUCGUCUGUGGCGGCUUAUUUGCUCUCUCCACAAUCUAAAACCAAUCUCGGCUGGACAAGGAAGCUCGUGCUGGCAGGAGCCUCCACAACAAUUGGUCUUGCUGUUCCUGUUGGAUUCUCAAUUGGAGUUGUCAACACACCAGCAGGGAUUAUCAAAGCAUGGUGUAAUGAAUCCGUGGCUGCACAUUACAACAUAGCUCUUGAUAGCACAGGAUUGGACAGCAUUUGGUCAUGUAUAGUGUCUAUAUAUUUGAUUGGUGGUAUGGUCGGUUCUCUGGGAGGUGCUUGGGUCGCAGAUAGGAUUGGCAGGAAAGGGGGCUUGGUAUUGGCUGCAAUCUUUCUACUUGUAGCAGCAUUAAUGUUCAUAGUUUCAAAACCUUUAAAUUCUAUAGAGGUAGUCCUUCUAGGAAGAAUUGUUGCUGGUCUCGGAGGCGGAUUGGUAACUACAAUAAUGCCGAUGUAUUUAACAGAACUGGCCCCUAUAGAAGUUCGAGGCGCAACGGGUGUCCUUUGUCCAUUGGGCUUAAGUUUAGGAGUACCUAUAUCUCAAGGUUUGGGAUUUCCAAUGAUUUUUGGGUCUGAAAAUUGUUGGAAUUACCUGUUAGGCAUGUAUGCAGUUUUGACUUUGCUCAGCGCUAUUGCUCUCCCUUUUUUACCUGAAAGUCCAAAAUAUUUGUACACCAUAAGAGGGCUUAGACAGAAAGCAAUUAAAGAGCUUACGAGCCUGAGACAGCUUCCUGCUGAAUUUGUCGUGGGUGAGUUGGAAGAGAAAACUGACUCAGAGCCUGAGACCUGGUCAAUUGUAAAACUUAUAGCAAACCGUCCUUUAAGAAUUAAACUGUUAUUGGUAUGUGCCUUACAAGGAGGGCAGCAGUUUAGUGGAAUCAAUGCAGUUUUUUAUUAUUCAGUAAGAAUUUUUGAAAUGGCUGGAUUAUCUCAGGCAAAUGCUCAGUAUGCAAGUCUCGGGGCAGGUAGCAUCAAUUUUAUAGUCGCUGCGAUAAUGAUACCGGUCAUCAACUUAUUUCCAAGAAGAGCUAUGGCGAUUUUAAGCUGCACUUUUGGCACAGCUUUCUUAGUUGUUUUAUCCUUCGCCAUAACGUACACUGUUACAUUUAGCUGGAUGCUGUAUCUAUCUACUGUUUCACUCUUUGGAUACAUCAUUAUGUACGGUAUCGGCCUUGGACCGAUACCAUUUUUUAUAGGCUCAGAGCUUUUCGAUUUGGGGCCCAGGUCGGCUGCCAUGGCAUUGGGAAGUGUGGCAAACUGGGCUGGAAAUUUCAUCGUUGGCAUGACUUUUCUACGUCUGAAUAACAAGCUUGGGCCUUACGUUUUUCUACUGUUUGCCACUUCUACUGCGCUCCUAGCUUUAUUUCUCAAGGUCUGUCUUCCAGAAACAAACGUUGUGACAUUAGCAAAAAGAAGAAAGCAAUCUUUAAAAUAAACUAUUCACUACUGUAUUAUUUUACAAAUAAAUUUUCUAAUUAUAAUUAUAUAAACUAAACUUAAAGAAAUUGUUACUUAAAUCAACUUAAGAAGUAAAGUGCAAUUAUUUAAGAGUGAUAAACUGUUUUAUGUGGGAAGUAAUGCAGUUUUAUUGUGUAUUGUAUUAUGUUCAGUAUUUAGAUAUAAAUUGUAUUAAUGCAUGUAUUUCU